CAGCGGCAAUGGUAGGAAGCACAGCUCCCUUUGACAGCCAAACCCAAAGUUGGGAGGAAUACUCUGAGGUCCUUCACCAUUUUUUUGAAGCUAAUGAAAUCACGGAAGCCGGUUGGCAGAAAGCAAUUUUGCUCAGUGCAGUGGGCAGUCAGACUUACAGUCUUAUGAGGAACCUCGUUAGCCCCGCGAAGCCGGGUGACAAGACAUUUGAUGAUCUUGUUCAGUUAUUGAAGAACCAUUUUAAUCCCAAACCCAGUGAAAUUGUGCAGCGCUUCAAGUUCAAUUCGAGGAACAGAAAGCUGGGAGAAACGGUCAUGGAAUAUGUCGCGUUGCUGAGGAAGUUGGCACAGGAUUGCAACUACGGAGACAAGUUGUCAGAAAUGCUCCGCGACAGAUUGGUUUGUGGGAUUGGAGAUGACCGUAUCCAGCAGAGGUUGUUGUCACAACCGGAUUUGACUUUUGACAAGGCAUUGAAGCUGGCCCAGGCUAUUGAGACAGCCAGCAAGGAUGUGAAAGACUUACAGUCACCAUCCUCGCAUCCUCACAUGCGAGGGCACCUCAAGCUAUCCAAGGGCUCAGCGAGUGGCUCAAAUACUAAAGGCAACGGAGGACAACAAUCAAGUAAGCAUGUGAAAACUCAGGGAGCGAAUUAUGUGAGCCAUGGUGAGGAGGGACAAGAUGACACCGACACGGAUGAAGUCAUGUUCACACUGUACAAGGUGGAGGAGCUAGAUAUACAGGCCGAAGAGCCUUUCAUAGAGACACUGACAGUGGAUGAGACUGAAAUGCAGUUUGAAAGAGACUCGGGUUGUGGUGUAACAGUAAUGAACCACUCCGUGUUCAAACAAUUAAGGCAGGAAGAGGAACCAGCCCUACAACCCUGCAGAGUGAGACUCCGAACAUACACAGGACAGAGAAUAAAAGUCUUGGGAGCAGCGAUGGUCAAAGUGCAACACAAAAACUCUGAAAAGAUGCUACCUGUGGUAGUAGUGGAAGGAACAGGCCCUAGUCUGGUUGGCAGGAACUGGAUUAGGAGGUUAGGCUUAGAGUGGAAACCGGAACCCCAAAUCAACCACUUAAGGGAAGAGACCUUGGAGGAGGUACUUGGGGAGUAUAUGGAGGUCUUUAAGGAAGAGCUGGGGAAAUUCAAAGGGCCGCCAGCAAAAAUAUAUGUGGACAAGGAUGCCCGCCCCAAGUUUUUUAAGGCCAGACCUGUUCCAUAUGCCAUGAGAGGAAGGGUGGAGGCUGAACUGGACCGUCUCAUAGCCCAGGACUUAAUCGAACCAGUGAAAUAUGCUGAGUGGGCAGCACCUGUGGUUCCGGUGCUCAAACCAGAUGGCACAGCAAGGCUGUGUGGAGACUACAAACUGACAGUAAAUCAGGUAUCAAAACUAGAGCAUUAUCCAAUUCCCAGAAUUGAGGACCUGUUUGCCAGGCUGUCAGGUGGACAGAAAUUCACUAAACUAGAUCUGAGUCACGCAUACCACCAAAUCCCAUUGGAUGAGGAAGCAAAAAGGUAUGUGACCAUUAACACACACAAGGGCUUGUUUACAUACAAAGUGUUACCUUUUGGAGUGUCAUCUAGCCCAGCUAUUUUUCAGCGAACCAUGGAGGGAUUGCUGCAGGGCAUUCCUGGGGUGGCCAUUUUCUUGGAUGACAUCUUGCUGACAGGAAAAGAUGACCAAGAGCACCUGCAGACUCUUUCCACAGUGCUAAAGCGGCUACAGGAUGCCGGUCUCAGGCUCAAGAGGACCAAGUGCUCGUUCAUGGUUGAGGAAGUGAUGUUCCUGGGACACAAAGUGGAUGCAACAGGACUGCACCCAGUCAAUGAGAAGGUACAAGCAAUUCAAGAGGCACCCACACCUUCAAAUGAGUUAAAGGCAUACUUAGGGCUUUUGAACUAUUACAACAAGUUCCUGAAAAAUCUGUCAACGGUACUGGCUCCACUGCACAAACUACUGAAGAAAGAGACAAAGUGGCAGUGGGGAGAGGCACAGCAGGCAUCAUUUGAAAAGUCAAAAGAAAUUAUGAAGGACAUUGUGUUGUCAUGUGAUGCUUCACCCUAUGGAAUAGGAGCCUUGCUGUCACAUCGCAUGUCGGAUGGAACUGAAAGACCCAUUGGAUUUACAUCACGGACCCUCAAUGCUGCAGAGAAGAACUACUCUCAACUGGAUAAGGAAGGGCUGGCAGUGUUGUUUGGAAUAAAACGCUUCCACAAGUACAUUUAUGGACGGAAGUUCACUAUAGUGACAGAUCACAAACCAUUGUUGUCACUUUUUAGUGAGAUGAAGGCAGUACCACAAAUGGCAUCACCCAGGAUCCAACGAUGGGCUGUAACCUUGAGAGCUUAUGAAUAUACAAUCGUGUACAAAGAAGGGAAGUACCACAACAAUGCUGAUGCCUUGAGCCGCUUGCCGUUACCAGAGAAACCUGUCCUGGAGAGGACAGAAGAGAGGGUUCUCAUGCUGGAGAGCGCCGACAUUACACUGGUAACUGCUGAGCAAGUGAAGACAUGGACAGACAAGGAUCCAGUACUCUCACGAUUACACCCCUGGGACUGGCCUGACAAGCCAUGGAGUCGUCUUCAUGUAGAUUAUGCUGGACCAUUUAUGGGGAAGAUGUUCUUUGUGCUGAUUGAUGCUCAUUCAAAAUGGAUGGAUGUGUAUCCAGUAAACUCUGCUACUUCAGCCACCACCAUCGAGUGUUUACGUACCAGUUUCAGUAACCAAGGACUGCCUGAGUUGUUGGUGUCUGAUAAUGGCACAUGUUUUGUCAGCACAGAGUUUAAAGACUUUCUGAGUAAAAAUGGUAUUCGUCAUGUGAUCUCUGCACCUUACCAUGCCUACAGUAAUGGAUUAGCAGAGAGAGGGGUCCAGAUAUUUAAAAGAAUGAUGAAAAAGUGCCCAGAAGGCACACUAACAGCCAAGGUAGCCAGAGUGUUGUUUAGUUACAGAGUAACUCCUCACACUACAACAGACCUGUCACCCGCAGAGCUGCUGCAGGGAAGGAAACUACGUUGCACACUGGACUUAAUUCACCCAGACCUCAGCCUCAAGGUACAAGGAAAACAAGAAAGACAAAUAAGAGAUCAUGACAGGAAGGCAAGGGGACGCUGGUUCAAACCAGGUGACUCAGUACUGACCCAAAACUUCAGUCUUGGACCCAAGUGGAUUCCAGGAAUCAUAGAGUCAGUGACAGGUCCCGUAUCCUACAAAGUGCUGUUAGGUGAUGGGAGAGUCGUCCGGAGACAUGUGGACCAGAUUCAUACCCAGCAUCAGAGACUAGAGCUAAGCAGUGCGGGACAUCAAGCUGAGUCAACUAAGCAAAGCUCAGCUGCCAUCCUGGAAGAGAAAUGGCUGGAUGUGGGAGAGACGGUGCUUGUCAGUGAGAAGUCGGAGAAGCCAGCAGCUACAGAAGCUGCAGGACAAUCAGAGACAGACAAAGGGACCGUGGCACUGGAAAGUCCAGUGAGGAGACAGUCAAAAAGGGAAACCAAGUUGCCUGGUUACCUUAAGGAUUUUCAGUUAACUAAGUAGGGACUUAAUAAUGGGGGCACUUGAAAAAAGAUAAAAAUAAAAAAAAAUAACCAA